GCGUCCUGGCGCUGGGAGGAAAGCCCUGAAGGAAACAAUAACAAACGGCUGGAGAGAGCCAUGGUCGAGCUUCUGGGAGCCACAGUUCCUGUCUGAGAAGAUGCGCUGCAGCCCCUGUGAGGGGACGUGAGCGGGCUUGCCGGGCCUCACGCCGCCUUUCCCUGCUUGUGCCCUUCGGGGCUCCGCUGGCUGGAGCCAUGGCUGGCGUGGGGCCGGGGGGUUACGCGGCCGAGUUCGUGCCACCCCCGGAGUGCCCGGUCUUUGAGCCCAGCUGGGAGGAGUUCACAGACCCUCUGGGCUUCAUCAGCCGCAUCCGGCCUUUGGCCGAGAAAACUGGUAUCUGUAAAAUCCGUCCGCCAAAGGAUUGGCAACCUCCAUUUGCAUGUGAAGUAAAAACCUUUCGUUUCACUCCCAGAGUCCAGCGCCUGAAUGAACUUGAGGCAAUGACUAGAGUGAGAUUGGACUUCUUGGAUCAACUGGCAAAAUUUUGGGAACUUCAAGGAUCUACUUUGAAGAUCCCUGUGGUAGAGAGAAAAAUCCUGGAUUUGUAUGCUUUAAGCAAGGUUGUUGCCAACAAAGGAGGUUUUGAAAUAGUCACCAAAGAGAAGAAAUGGUCUAAAGUGGGUAGCCGCUUAGGAUAUCUGCCAGGAAAAGGAACUGGGUCUCUUUUGAAGUCACACUAUGAAAGAAUUCUCUACCCAUAUGAGCUUUUCCAGUCUGGUGUCAGCCUUAUGGGGGUACAAAUGCCUGAUUUGGAUCUUAAAGAAAAAGUGGAGCCUGAGAUUCCCAGCACUGAUACCCAGACUUCUCCAGUUCCAGGAACAAGAAUGAGUAUUCUGCCAAAGAGAACAAGACGUGUCAAGUCUCAGUCAGAUUCUGGAGAAGUAAAUAGAAGCACAGAACUGAAGAAACUUCAGAUUUUUGGAGCUGGACCCAAAGUUGUGGGCCUGACAGUGGGAGCAAAAGAUAAAGAAGAUGAGGUCACCCGGAGACGAAAAGUUACCAACAGGUCAGACGCAUUUAACAUGCAAAUGAGACAACGGAAAGGAACACUCUCUGUUAACUUUGUUGAUCUCUAUGUUUGUAUGUUUUGUGGUCGGGGAAACAAUGAGGAUAAAUUACUUUUGUGUGAUGGAUGUGAUGACAGCUAUCAUACAUUUUGUCUAAUUCCACCUCUACCUGAUGUGCCCAAAGGAGACUGGAGAUGUCCUAAGUGUGUUGCUGAGGAAUGUAACAAACCCCGAGAAGCCUUUGGAUUUGAACAAGCUGUAAGAGAGUAUACACUUCAAAGCUUCGGAGAGAUGGCAGAUAAUUUCAAGUCUGAUUAUUUCAAUAUGCCAGUCCAUAUGGUUCCUACAGAACUCGUAGAAAAGGAAUUCUGGCGGCUAGUGAGUAGUAUUGAAGAAGAUGUUAUCGUAGAGUAUGGAGCUGAUAUCUCCUCUAAAGACUUUGGAAGUGGAUUUCCUGUAAAGGAUGGUCAGAAAAAGAUGCUGCCAGAAGAAGAGGAAUACGCUCUUUCUGGUUGGAAUUUGAAUAACAUGCCUGUCCUGGAGCAAUCUGUUCUUGCGCAUAUUAAUGUGGACAUUUCUGGUAUGAAGGUGCCAUGGCUGUAUGUGGGGAUGUGUUUUUCUUCUUUUUGCUGGCACAUUGAAGAUCACUGGAGUUAUUCCAUUAACUACUUGCACUGGGGUGAGCCAAAGACAUGGUAUGGUGUGCCAUCUCAUGCUGCGGAACAGCUGGAGGAGGUGAUGAGGGAGUUGGCCCCUGAGUUAUUUGAAUCCCAGCCUGAUCUCCUGCAUCAGUUAGUCACCAUCAUGAACCCAAAUGUGCUAAUGGAGCAUGGUGUGCCUGUAUACAGAACUAAUCAGUGUGCUGGAGAGUUCGUUGUGACAUUUCCUCGUGCUUAUCACUCUGGAUUUAACCAGGGCUACAACUUCGCUGAAGCUGUGAACUUCUGUACUGCUGACUGGUUGCCCAUUGGACGUCAGUGUGUAAAUCAUUAUCGGAGACUGAGACGCCAUUGUGUCUUUUCACAUGAGGAGCUCAUUUUCAAGAUGGCAGCAGAUCCAGAAUGCUUAGAUGUGGGGCUAGCUGCCAUGGUUUGCAAAGAAUUGACCCUCAUGACUGAAGAAGAAACACGAUUAAGGGAGUCUGUUGUACAGAUGGGUGUCGUGAUGUCAGAAGAAGAAGUGUUUGAGCUUGUUCCUGAUGAUGAGCGACAGUGUUCAGCAUGUAGAACCACAUGUUUUCUCUCUGCUCUCACAUGCUCCUGUAAUCCGGAGCGACUUGUGUGUCUCUACCAUCCAACUGAUUUGUGCUCCUGCCCCAUGCAGAACAAAUGUCUUAGAUACCGGUACCCACUAGAAGACCUCCCAUCUCUUCUUCAUGGUGUAAAAGUGAGGGCACAGUCCUAUGACACCUGGGUCAGUCGUGUUACAGAAGCAUUAUCAGCUAACUUCAACCAUAAGAAAGAUUUGAUUGAACUGAGAGUAAUGCUAGAAGAUGCUGAGGAUAGGAAAUACCCAGAGAAUGAGCUCUUUCGAAAGCUCAGGGAUGCUGUAAGAGAAGCUGAGACCUGUGGUUCUGUGGCACAGCUGCUUCUGAGCAAAAAGCAAAAACACAGGCAGAGCUCAGAUAGUGGGAAGACUCGGACCAAACUUACAGUAGAAGAAUUGAAGGCCUUUGUCCAACAACUUUUUAGUCUUCCCUGUGUCAUCAGCCAGACGCGACAAGUAAAGAAUCUGCUGGAUGAUGUAGAAGAGUUUCAUCAACGUGCCCAGGAGGCCAUGAUGGAUGAAACCCCAGAUUCUGCCAAACUCCAGAUGUUGAUAGACACAGGCUCUAGUCUUUAUGUGGAACUACCUGAAUUGCCUCGACUCAAGCAAGAGCUACAGCAGGCUCGGUGGCUGGAUGAAGUAAGACUGACCCUGUCAGACCCUCAGCAAGUCACUUUGGAUGUCAUGAAGAAGCUGAUUGACUCUGGGGUAGGGUUAGCACCACACCAUGCCGUGGAGAAAGCAAUGGCUGAACUACAGGAGUUGCUUACAGUCUCUGAACGAUGGGAAGAGAAGGCUAAAGUCUGCCUGCAGGCAAGACCUCGGCACAGUAUGGCAAAUUUAGAAAACAUUGUGAAUGAAGCCAAGAACAUUCCAGCCUUUUUACCCAAUGUGUUGUCCCUAAAAGAAGCCUUGCAAAAGGCUCGUGAAUGGACAGCUAAAGUGGAAGCUAUUCAGAGUGGCAGUAACUAUGCCUACUUGGAGCAGCUUGAGAGCUUAUCUGCUAAAGGACGCCCUAUCCCUGUGCGUCUUGAUGCAUUGCCUCAAGUGGAAUCCCAGGUAGCAGCAGCACGGGCCUGGAGAGAAAGGACUGGGCGGACCUUCCUUAAGAAGAAUUCCAGCCACACUUUGUUACAGGUGCUAAGUCCCCGCACUGACAUUGGUAUAUAUGGGAGUGGUAAAAACAGGAGGAAAAAAGUAAAAGAAUUAAUAGAAAAAGAAAAAGAGAAGGACCUAGACCUUGAGACUUUUAGUGAUUUGGAAGAAGGACUGGAGGAAACCAGAGAUACAGCUAUGGUGGUGGCAGUUUUCAAAGAACGAGAGCAAAAGGAGAUUGAAGCCAUGCAUUCCCUCAGAACAGCCAACCUAGCCAAGAUGACAAUUGUGGACCGCAUAGAAGAAGUAAAAUUUUGUGUUUGUCGCAAGACAGCCAGUGGGUUUAUGCUCCAGUGUGAGCUUUGCAAAGACUGGUUCCAUAACAGCUGUGUUCCCCUUCCUAAGUCAAGUUCCCAGAAGAAGGGAUCCAGCUGGCAGGCUAAAGAAGUAAAAUUCCUUUGCCCUCUUUGCAUGCGGUCUCGAAGGCCCAGGCUAGAAACUAUCUUGUCACUCCUGGUAUCCCUUCAGAAGCUGCCUGUGCGGUUGCCAGAAGGAGAGGCACUGCAGUGUUUGACAGAACGUGCCAUGAGUUGGCAAGAUAGAGCACGGCAGGCCCUAGCCACAGAUGAACUGUCUUCUGCCCUAGCCAAACUCUCUGUGUUAAGCCAGCGUAUGGUGGAACAAGCAGCUCGAGAAAAAACUGAAAAGAUCAUCAGUGCAGAACUUCAAAAAGCAGCUGCCAAUCCAGACUUACAGGGACACUUGCCUAGUUUCCAGCAGUCUUCUUUUAACCGGGUGGUCAGCAGUGUAUCAUCUUCCCCCCGCCAAACAAUGGACUAUGACGAUGAAGAAACAGAUUCCGAUGAAGAUAUUCGGGAAACAUAUGGCUAUGACAUGAAGGACACGGCCAGUGUGAAAUCCUCUAGUAGUCUAGAACCCAAUCUCUUUUGCGAUGAAGAAAUUCCUAUCAAGUCUGAGGAAGUAGUCACUCACAUGUGGACAGCACCUUCAUUCUGUGCAGAGCAUGCUUAUUCUUCUGCUUCGAAGAGUUGUUCUCAAGGUUCUAGUACUCCAAGGAAGCAACCUCGAAAGAGCCCUUUGGUUCCCCGAAGUUUGGAACCUCCAGUAUUGGAGUUGUCUCCUGGAGCCAAAGCCCAGUUAGAAGAACUCAUGAUGGUUGGAGACCUCCUAGAAGUGUCUCUGGAUGAGACGCAGCACAUUUGGCGGAUUUUGCAGGCCACACAUCCACCCUCAGAGGACAGAUUCUUACAUAUCAUGGAGGAUGACAGCAUGGAAGAGAAACCGCUAAAAAUGAAAGGAAAGGACUCUUCAGAGAAGAAACGAAAACGGAAACUAGAAAAAGCAGAGCAGGCUUUUGGAGAAGGAAAGCAGAAGACCAAGGAGCUGAAGAAAAUGGAUAAACCUAAGAAGAAGAAAUUAAAAUUAAAUGUGGACAAGUCAAAAGAGCUGAAUAAAUUGGCCAAGAAGCUAGCAAAAGAAGAAGAGAGAAAGAAAAAGAAAGAAAAGGCUGCAGCGGCCAAAGUUGAACCUGUGAAAGAGAGUACUGAGAAGAAGAGAGAGAGAAAAGUGCUGGACAUCCCUUCAAAGUAUGACUGGUCAGGUGCAGAGGAGUCUGAUGAUGAGAAUGCUGUGUGUGCAGCACAGAACUGCCAAAGGCCCUGCAAAGACAAGGUAGACUGGGUACAAUGUGAUGGUGGCUGUGAUGAGUGGUUUCAUCAAGUUUGUGUUGGUGUAUCCCCAGAAAUGGCUGAAAAUGAAGAUUACAUCUGUAUAAACUGUGCAAAGAAGCAGGGGCCAGAUAGCCCAGGCCAAGCACCACCUCCUCCCUUUAUAAUGAGCUACAAACUACCAAUGGAGGAUCUUAAAGAGAACAGUUAGCAAAUGGUUGGUUAGCUUGGGACAUAGGGGGUGGCAGGGAGUAGACCACAUUAAGACCAUACUCAUCAAGUAGUGGUUGAAACCAUUCAGACUGUUGUUUCCAAAGAUGAAUGGACUUCAGAGAAAGUCCUCUUAGUGCUGGCUUCCUCUGUGCAAGGAUUUGUGGGCUACAUACUCCAUCAUCUGUGCAGAGGAUAUCUUUUUUGGUACAGCAGCCAGUAUUUCAACUUCUGUCUUCUUUGAGUAUGGUUUACUGCAUUAAGGUCAGAUUCUAAUUGGAACUCUUGGCUGUUUGGCAUUUACUCACUGAUGUGCGAGUGGGACAUGUAGGAUAUGGCUUGUGGUUAAUUGAUAAUUAGUUAGAAGCUUACAACAUAAGGGCAGUACCAUCUGAAGACAUCAGUUGCCUGGCUCCCCUUAGGGUAAUUGGAGAGGAGUCAGAGCACAACUUUUCCUUCCACAAUCACUGACAUUUAAUGCCGUACUGACCUGGCUAAGAGGAGCAGGCCAAAGUUGUCCCUGUUAGAAGUCCUGGGGUGGCCGUGCAGUCCAUGGACCUCAGCUGCUUGUGCUUAUUUAUACCAAGAAGAAAAUCCUCCAAAAGAGAACCUCACCUUCCUCAGGAGGAUGUCAUCGGAUUCAUAGUCUGACUAGACUGGAUUCUGGGAAGUGUUUUUUUUCUUGUUUCAAGGCAACGAGCCCUUUGGUUUGAGAAGCCUGUCUGUCUUGGGUCUACAUUUUUAGAGAAGAGCAGGCACAUGGAUCCAAUGUUCUGGAGAAGAAGAAAAAACAAAACUGACUAGUCAGAAUGUCUUAUGAGCCUCAGUGAUGCAUGCUUUUCGGAGAAGCCUUCAUUCACAAGUCCUCCAGACACCACCAGGCUUCGGGCAUGGCCGUGAGCAAGACUGGCAAGUAACAGCUUUUGCCUUGCAGCCUAACCCUGAUGUCUGUAGUUUCCAACACGGCAACUUCUGAACAUGACCCGCAGCAGAUGCUUUGAAUAACACCAUGGCUUCCUUAGAGGAUGUGGGGUUCCUGGUCCUCUGGAUGUGAAGCUGUUUUAGUAAAUCCAUUUUUAAGAGGAAGAAAAGACUUUUUACUUUUUUCUAAAUGUCUCUGACUACUGACUGUUCUAUAGAUUAUUUUUCCUUUUUUAAUAUACAUAUAUGAAUAUAGAUAUAUAUAUAUAUAUAUUUACUGUUACCAGCAGCAUAUGACAGAGUGAGCAUCAAAAAUCCAUUUGGGAGUUUGCCUUUUGUGUUUUUUGAUAAAUACCAUUCAUUCCUUGUAGUACAAGGAAUUAGCACUCCCUUCUCCUUUGUUGCCUGAACAUACCUUCUGCUAUUCUUUUAUUCAGAUAGAUAAUUAUAUUUCCUUGGUGUGUUGAGACUUGUCCCUGUCUAUUGAGAAACUUGGUUUUACUCAGUCAGUGUUGACUGUUCUGUAUGUUUGAAACUAUGGUGCUGUGUCCUUUCUUUCCUUUUGUGUUCUGUGUUCUUACAAAGGUAUUAGGUGAAGUUUCUGUAAACUUGCUAGAAGGGGACUAAUAUUUUUUAAAGGACAACAGAAAUUUUUCUAAAAAUGCUGUUUAUCUUCACUAUCUGUUUUUCAUUUUGCUUUAAAAUCUGCAGUUUGACUUAAAUUCAUCAGUUCUUUUAAAGGGGGGGCAUUUGUGGGCAAAGCUAGAAGCAGUUAAUAGUCUCUUCCCUUUUUGCCCCAAUUUUUUAAAGAAAUGUCUUCUAGUAACUAGAAGUGAAAUGUACUGUACAGUUACAGUUUGUGUGGGUAUGAGAUUUAACUCAAAAGGCAUCUUAGUUAAAAGAAAAAGAAAAGGCCUUCUUUACAAAACCAAUUUCUCCCAAGUACUAACGAGGCCUGACCCUGCUUAGCAUCUGAGAUCAAAUAAUGCGUUCGGGUGGAAUGGCUGCAGACACAAAAUGCAAUUUCUGUAAAUGCUUUCUCUGGUUGAUGCUACCUACCUUUGGUCACUCAUCACAGAAUAUUCAAUAACAUUUUGACCAGUUAAAUUGGAGUAUGUUGUUUUGUUUGGCUAUCUUGAAUUCCCAUCUCAGUGUGUGUUUGAUUUAAGAUUUUAUUAGAGAUUACAAGGUUAAUUGGUUAAUUAAAUUUCAUAAGUUUUCAUUUUGCCAAACUAUGAAAAUUACCACUUUGGAAUUUUAUCUGGUUAUUGUGAGGAAAGCACAAUAUUUUUUACCUUUUGGUCUUCGAAAAUGUCUUAAAAUACUUGUUUAAAAAUUGAGUGUAAUUCAACCUUUCAGAAAUUCAAAAUGUAAGUGAUAGAUGCCCAUAAUACAUACAGAAAAUUAGUUUUCUUCCCAAUGAACCAUUUUCCAUUAACUAUGUUAUCAGCAGUGGAGAGUUAUUAGGAUGCAGAGAAGGUGGCUGUUCAGGUGCCUGGCUUUUGAGAAUAAUUUGUGUGCUUUGAAUAUCAUCUGUUGGAGACCUGUGAAUAGUCCAAGGCAGCCUGCACCUGUGAAUAGAUGUCUGUCAUCUUACAUUUUGAAACUUUUAAAUAUAUAAUUUAAUUGA